CGCGGCCCGCAUCCACUAACAGUCUCAUCUUCGCUCUCAGACCAGCAGCAGCACAACAACCUACUUCUCAGGAUGCUCGUAAAGGUGGCCGCGUUGGUGGUGGUGGUGGGCGUAGCAGUGGCCUUCCCCUCAGACGAGUACGGACCCCAGCCUAAAUCCCAGAACGUCUACAAGGAGGACCCCAUCCCCUACAACUACGCCUACGGAGUUAAGGACGAAUACGCCGGCACUGACUUCGGCCACAGCGAGGACUCUGACGGCAGUGCUGUCAAGGGCUCCUACAACGUUGUGCUCCCCGACGGCCGCAUCCAGACAGUGACCUACGUGGCCGACCACUACAACGGCUACCAGGCUCAGGUGAGCUACCAGGGCGAGGCUCAGUACCCCCACGAGUACGGUCCCCCCAUCACCUUCAAGCCCCAGGCGUACCAGCCCUCUUACAACCCCCAGCCCUCAUACCAGUAAACACCAAUGAUUCAUGUUCCGUAUUGUUUCCCCUAGUCAGUUUUGUACAUAAUUAAAGAAAGUUAUGUAAAAAAA